AUGUUUAAGGCACCAGAAUGGGAGGACGAUGUUCCUAAAACGCUUACAAGUUUUAUUAAAAAGAACCAGGUUCAUCUAAAGAAAAAAGAGAAGAAAUCACCGGCAUCUAAGAUUAAGCAAGCGUCAAAAGUUAAUAAACUAAAAGAAAAGAAGAAAAAUAAGCUUAAAAUAAAUGUGUUACCAAAAGUUGCUAAAAUUAAAGAACUCAAACCUGUUCAAGUUAAGACAAAAGUAUCUGAGAAUAGUUUCAGACAAAACAAACCUACGUUAACUAACGGCAUUAAAAAUAAAUCACGGAAACGAAAGCUAGAUGCUAAACCUGCAAAUACAGUGAAGAAAACAUAUAUACAAUCAGAGGAAUCACCAAUCCCCGAGACACAAAAUUUUGACGAAGUUUUAUUGAAUGCAAAAAAGAAAAAGUUCAAUGAGGUUAUAGAAAAUGAGGAUAAAGAAGACUUAUUGUUCACAGAGAAGAAACCUACGAAGAAAAGGAAGAAGGAAGAAAAUCAAGAUAAUGAAAAGAAUGAUAUAAAUGAUAGCAAAAAUCUUGUCAGUAAUGGACCUAUGAAUUCUAAAAAGAAUAGAUUAAGAGCUUUGUUGGCUAAUCAGAGUAACAGAAGACCUAUAAAUGUAGAAAAUAAGGGUAACAAGCUAAGAGAGAGAAUGUUGGAGAGACUCAAAGCGGCACAGUUCAGAUACUUAAAUGAGAAGCUAUACACAUCUUCUGGAUCGGAAGCACAACAAUUGUUCAAAGAUGAUCCGCUUGCUUUUGAAACAUACCAUCAAGGGUACCAGCUCCAGGUUAAGAAGUGGCCUGUUAAUCCCCUAGAUGUUAUCAUCAAAAAAAUUAUGAAAAUGCCAAAAUCUCACCUAAUAGCAGACAUGGGUUGUGGAGAAGCAGCUCUAUCCCGCCGGAUACCACACACAGUCCGUUCCUUCGACCUGGUAGCCAAUGCACCAGGAGUGGAAGCAUGCGAUAUGGCAAGGACACCACUACUGUCAGCUUCUAUGGAUGUGGCCGUGUAUUGUCUAGCUUUGAUGGGUACUGAUCUCACGCAAUAUCUGGUGGAAGCCAAUAGAGUGUUGAAAACUGGUGGUCAUCUUCUAAUAGCAGAAGUGGAGAGUCGUUUUGACAACGUGGAGAAUUUCACUAAAGAGGUCCAACGUCUCGGCUUCAAGCUCAAACAACUGGACAAGAGCAACAAAGUGUUCUACUUCAUGGAGUUCACCAAGGUUCAGGACCCGCCUACCAAGAAAGCCAAACUCCCGGUGCUUACUUUGAAACCUUGUAUUUAUAAGAGACGGUAA